UCAGGGAGUGUUCAGAGUUGGUUUCAUUCCGGACUGAGAGCGGUGAACAACACUCCAGCUUCAUUCUCUGUCCAACACUGACACUGCAGGAAACUCCUCCCAGGAUUUCUGCAACCAGCCGUAUAGACCCCCGAUUGUAGCAACCGUGAUACUGCAGGGAAACUGAACACUACACAGUGGGAAAUGGCUGGAGUUCUAUCCAACCUGUAUUACAACGCCAAGGAUGUGAAGGACCUGGUGGCUGCCUAUAAACGUGAAGGACAGAAGGGUUUUCAGUUGGCCAUCGAGAGAAAAUCCAAGCAGUUCGAAAAUGUACAGAUCCAGAUUGCGGUGAUGGGUGAGUCAGGAUCGGGCAAAUCGACCCUGAUCAAUGCUCUGCUUGGUUUGGAUGAGAAUGAGGAAGGGGCUGCCCCAACCGGUGGCAUUACAGAGACCACCAUGGAAAUAACACGUUACCCCCACCCCACCCUUCCUAACGUUCAGUACUAUGACUUCCCCGGGUUGAACACACCAAAGUUUCCAGUGAAAAAGUUCAUGAAGGAAACCAACUUUUCCCAGUAUGAUUUGGGCAUCAUUGUCACAGCUGUUCGGUUCACGGAGAAUGACAAGUUACUGGCUGAAGCACUGAAGAAGGCGGGCAAACCUUUCUACCUGGUGCGCUCUAAGAUCGACGAGACUGUCAGGGCAGAAAGCCGCAAGAAGGGUUACAACCAGGAGGAUAUGUUCCGGAAAGUGAGAGAGUAUUGCAUCUCCUCACUGCGGGCAGCAGGGAUACAAAAUACUUCCGUUUUCCUCUAUUCCGCCUUUAACCUUGAUGAGUUUGAUUUUCCUGAAUUUAGGGAGGCUGUGGUACACAGUCUCUCGGAGACACAGAAGAAUCUGUUCAUCACGGCUCUCCCCAACACAUCUGAAGCUGCUAUAGAGGAAAAACGUGAGGCUCUGCGGCCAUUCAUCCAGAUGCUGUCCGCCGUAUCGGGGGGUAUCGGUGCAGUUCCCAUUCCGGGUUUGUCUCUUGCCUGUGACCUGGUGCUCAUUAUCUCUGGUAUCCUGCUCAUACGGAAGAUUCUUGGUCUGGAUGAGGCGUCUCUCAGCAAACUGGCCCAGAGGGUGGGGACCAGUGUAACGGAUCUGUGGAGAGGUACAGAGCACAACUGGGUGUUCGGAGAGAUCACACGUGAGCAGGUCCUGCUGUUGAUCCAGAGAUGCACCGUGGCAAUGGCUCUGACAAUUGCCGAGCCCUUCCUUGACUUUGUCCCCAUUCUGGGCUCUAUCUUUGGGGCAACAUCAUCCUUUGCCGUGACUCUCAUGAUGCUGAACAAUUCGCUGGAUACAAUGGUGGAGACAGCUAAAAUUGUGCUGCAGAAUGCCAAGGCAGCCGCUUCCUCUGAAGGCAUCGGUAACUGAGGGCUGUUGUCAGCGCGCCCCUCUUACUCUAUCCCGGAGGGAUUGCCAAAUCAUCCUGAUAUCUAUCACCCGAAAUCAAGGUCUUUCUGGCACCCCAUCCCCAUCUGAAUAAGAGAUUCUGCAGAUCCUGGAAAUCAUGAGCAACACACAGCAGAAACUCAGCAGGUCAGGCAGCAUCAGCGGAGGGGAAUAAACAAUUCAUCAGGACUCCUGUUAAUCCUCACACCUCUUGAGUCCAAGUGUUUCCCGUUACCCCUAUAAGGCGGGCGAUCUCUGUUACCAUCAUUUCCGGGAGUUGUUUCUCUAUUGUCACUUCCUGACCCAGUGAACAACCCACCUCUUCCUGGUUUAUUUCAGAUUUCCAGCAUCUGCAGCAUUUUGCAUCAGAAUGCCUCACAAUUUAAUUUAGAUUCAGUCAUCCUGGUGUAGAUGUUUAAUGUCACAAACUCGAGAAAUUCUGCAUAUGCUGAAAAUCCAAAGCAACACACACAAAAUGCUGGAGGAACUCAACACGCCAGGCAACAUAAGAUCAUAAGACCAUAAGACAAAGGAGUAGAAGUAGGCCAUUUGGCCCAUCGAGUCUGCUCCGCCAUUUUAUCAUGAGCCGAUCCAUUCUCCCAUUUAGUCCCACUCCCCUGCCUUCUCACCAUAACCUUUGAUGCCCUGGCUACUCAGAUACCUAUCAAUCUCUGUCUUAAAUACACCCAAUCACUUGGCCUCCACUGCUGCCUGUGGCAACAAAUUCUAUAGAUUCACCACCCUCUGACUAAAAAAAUUUCUUUGCAUUUCUGUUCUGAAAGGUCGCCCUUCAAUCCUUAAGUUAUGCCCUCUCGUACUAGACUCCCCCAUCAUGGGAAACAACUUUGCCAUAUCCACUCUGUCCAUGCCUUUUAACAUUCAAAAUGUUUCUAUGAGGUCUCCACUCAUUCUUCUAAACUCCAAGGAAUAUAGUCCAAGAGCGGACAAAUGUUCCUCAUAUGUUAACCCUCUGAUUCCCGGAAUCAUUCUAGUGAAUCUUCUCUGUACCCUCUCCAAUGUCAGCACAUCCUUUCUUAAAUAAGGAGACCAAAACUGCCCACAGUACUCCAAGUGAGGUCUCACCAGCGCCUUAUAGAGCCUCAACAUCACACCCCUGCUCCUAUGCUCUAUUCCUCUAGAAAUGAAUGCCAACAUUGCAUUUGCCUUCUUCACUACUGACUCAACCUGGAGGUUAACUUUAAGGGUAUCCUGUACGAGGACUCCCAAGUCCCGUUGCAUCUCAGAACUUUGAAUUCUUUCCCCAUUUAAAUGAUAGUCUGCCUGUUUAUUUUUUCUGCCAAAGUGCAUAACCAUACACUUUCCAACAUUGUCCUUCAUUUGCCACUUCUCUGCCAUUCUUCCAAUCUAUUCAAGUCUCUCUGCAGACUCUCCAUUUCCUCAGCACUACCGGCCCCUCCACCUAUCUUCGUAUCGUCAGCAAACUUAGCCACAAAGCCAUCUAUUCCAUAAUCCAAAUCGUUGAUGUACAAUGUAAAAAGAAGCGGCCCCAACACUGAUCCCUGUGGAACACCACUGGUAACCGGCAGCCAACCAGAAUAGGAUCCCUUUAUUCCCACUCUCUGUUUCCUGCCAAUCAGCCAACGCUCUAGCCACGUAUGUAACUUUCCCAUAAUUCCAUGGGCUCUUAUCUUGUUAAGUAGCCUCAUGUGUGGCACCUUGUCAAAGGCCUUCUGAAAAUCCAAAUAUACAACAUCCACUGCAUCUCCCUUGUCUAGCCUACUGGUAAUUUCCUCAAAAAAUUGUAAUAGGUUUGUCAGGCAGGAUUUUCCUUUAGGGAAUCCAUGCUGAGUUCUGCCUAUCUUGUCAUAUGCCUCCAGGUACUCUGUAACCUCAUCCUUGACACUCGACUCCAACUACUUCCCAACCACCGACGUCAAGCUAACAGGUCUAUAAUUUCCUCUUUGCUUCCUUGCCCCCUUCUUAAAUAGCGGAGUGACAUUUGCAAUCUUCUAGUCUUCCGGAAUCAUGCCAGAAUCUAUCGACUUUUGAAAGAUCAUCGCUAAUACCUCCGCAAUCUCCACAGCUACUUCCUUCAGAACAUGAGGGUGCAUUCCAUCUGGUCCAGGAGAUUUAUCUACCUUUAGCCUAUUCAGCUUCCUGAGUACUUUCUCUGUCGUAAUUGUGACUGCACACGCUUCUCUUCCCUGCCACCCUUGAGUGUCCGGUAUACUGCUGAUGGCUACCUCAGUGAAGACUAAUGCAAAAUACUCGUUCAGUUCCUCUGCCAUCUCCUUAUCUCCCAUUACAAUUUCUCCAGCAUCAUUUUCUAUCAGUCCUAUAUCUACUCUCACCUGUCCUUUACUCUUUAUAUACUUGAAAAAGCUUUUAGUAUCCUCUUUGAUAUUAUUUGCUAGCUUCCUUUCAUAGUUAAUCUUUUCUCUCUUAAUGACCUUCUUGGUUUCCUUUUGUAAGGUUUUAAAAACUUCCCAAUCCUCUGUCUUCCCACUAAUUUUUGCUUCCUUGUAUGCCCUCUCCUUUGCUUUAACUUUGGCUUUGACUUCUCUUGUCAACCAUGGUUGCAUCCUUUUUCCACUCGAAAAUUUCUUCUUUUUUGGAAUAUACCUGUCUUGCACCUUCCUCACUUCUCGCAUAAACUCCAGCCACUGCUGCUCUGCCUUCUUUCCCGCCAGUGUCCCUUUCCAGUCAACCUUGGCCAGUUCCUCUCUCAUGCCGCUGUAAUUUCCCUUACUCCACUGAAAUACCGACACAUCAGAUUUCGGCUUCUCUUUUUCAAAUGUCACAGUGAACUCAAUCAUGUUAUGAUCACUGCCUCCUAAGGGUUCCUUCACCUCAAUCUCUCUAAUCACCUCCGGUUCAUUACACAAUACCCAAUCCAGUACAGCCGAUCCCCUAGUGGGCUCAACAACAAGCUGUUCUAAAAAGCCAUUUCGCAGACAUUCUACAAAUUCUCUCUCUUGAGAUCCAGUGCUGACCUGAUUUUCCCAAUCUACUCGCAUCCUACAUCUAUGGAAAAGAAUAAACAGUUGACAGUUUGAGCAGUGACACUUCAUCGGAACUGGAGGGUUUGGUGGUCCACCUACCAAUGACCAGUUCCAGCGACAGCAGGUUGGCAAUGAUUACAUCCUUCCCCCUAUUCAGUGCCGGGUCCAGUAAGAUAUGGAUUCAUGUCAGUGUUCCCGGCUUCAAUGUCGAAUCGUUCAGCUCAAUGAAUUUAACUUCCUCAGCCCUGCUGGAAUUUAAAUUCAAUCUCCUCUGUUGUUGAGUCCAAGUAUCGAUGCUGUAGCUAAAUCUGACAAGUACUGUGCACACACAUUUCAUCAUAGUCCAGCUUAUGUUUGUUUUUUUUUUCUUCUGUAAUAUUUCGAUGUACUUUUGAAUUGUGAUUAAAAGAUCUGACAGAAGCAAGCAACUGCCUCUCUGUCAGUGCUCAUUCUUUGUGAACAGCGAUGAAUUCCAUCCAUCUUCAGGAAUCCCGGUCUCCAGUGCAACCAGGUAACUCAGUGUAUCGGGGAGAGAGGGCAGGGUAACAACACAGAGGUUUUACUGCACAGCAGGUGGCAGCAUUACUGGCCCAAAAUACAAUACAUAGGGUCAUAGAUGCAAAGAGUAGCACAGAAUAAAAACAGACUCUUCGGCCCAGCUAGUCCUUGCCGAAAUCUUUAACACCCAGUCGACAGUCGGGGACCCCCUACUGGGCUCAA